UUCUGUAUUUGCACUGAUAUUCAGUUGGCUUCUGUUGGCCCGUUGGUCCGACGAUGUGAACAGAAUCAUAAUAAAGGAAUUAACAGAUUAUUUGCGGUCAGUUUUGUUAAAGCUUACAUUGGAGUCCUUGAUCAGCAUUACCAGAUAUGGAGAAGAUACACAAAGAUGCUCUCAUCAAAUGCAGAGUAUUUUUAUGUGAAACCUUGGAUCCGCAGUACUUGAUGGAUCAUCUUAUACAGGAGGGGAUAAUGACCGAUGAUAUGAAGGAUCACAUUAUGGGAGAAAGAACACGGCUAAGGCGCAUAGAAAGUUUGCUUGAUUUCAUUCCCACUCGUGGACCUGCUGCCUUCGAUGCAUUCAUGGGCUCUUUGGAGAAGGACUAUGGGUUUGUUAUUGAGAAAAUCUACGAGAAAAUAAAUGGGCUCCAACAGCAGCAGCAAAGACGUCUGAAUCAACCACCGGGUGGCGCUGUUGCCAAUAACUCCACCCAUAUUUCUAGUUACCCAGGCACACGUGGGCCAGGCUCCACCCACCCACCCCACCAGGUACCCCCCUACCCUGGGGGAGACCAUAUGACCUCUGACCCUAUGGCAGGGGAUGCCAGGAGACCAGUGCAGGAAACCAGACAAUCCUUUGAUGCUGUUCCGACUAACUGGGUUGAACGGCUUCCAAAUGAGGUCAAGUUAAGACCCGUGACGGAAGCGGAGCUGUUUCAUAUAGCACAUCAUAUUGGCAACAAGUGGGAAAUGUUGGCUGCCCAGAUGGGGUUCUCGCGAGGAGAGAUCGACCACUUCCGCAUGUAUUGCCAGUUUGACCAAAGUUUACAGGCGGCCAGGAUGUUAAGCACGUGGCGGUCAAAGGAAUCUGGCAAUGCCACUGUGAUAAACUUGAUCAAACUUUUACAGAUUUCAUACGUGGAUGAGAGCGUUUACAGGGAUGUGUUUUGUUCUUAAC